GAUUUUCAGUCAGGCAGACGCGGGGCAGCCAUUGCGAAGGACCCCGCCCUUCCCUCUGAUGCUAUGAGUGUCAGCGCUGUGUUUACACACUAAUAAUAAUAAUAAUAAUUCUGUUUUCUGAUACUUUUAUUCAUUCCUAUCGAUAAAAAAUGCCCUUGUUUGAAGGCCUGGGCAGUGGAGGGGAGAAGACAGCCGUAGUCAUUGAUUUAGGAGCGGCCUACACAAAAUGUGGUUUUGCCGGCGAGACGGGGCCGAGAUUCAUCAUUCCCAGUGAAAUUAAACGCGCCGGAUCUCCGGAGGCGGUUCGAGUCGUCCAGUACAACAUCAACACUGAGGAGCUCUACAGCAUCCUGAAGGAGUUCGUUCACCUGCUGUACUUCCGGCAUCUGCUGGUGAAUCCUCGAGACCGGCGCGUGGUGAUCGUUGAAUCCAUCCUCUGUCCUUCACACUUCAGAGAGACGCUCUCCAGAGUCUUCUUUAAGCACUUUGAGGUCCCAUCGGUCCUGUUUGCUCCGAGUCAUCUGAUGUCUGUCAUGACUCUGGGCAUCCAGUCUGCUCUCGUCAUGGACUGUGGAUAUACAGAGACGCUGGUGCUACCAAUCUAUGAAGGCGUUCCGAUCCUGUCUGCAUGGGAAGCUCUGCCGAUGGGAGGAAAAGCCGUUCAUAGGGAGCUGCACAGUCUGCUGAGUGAGCAAUGCACGCUAGACACCGACUCUGGCACCGGCCUCAGUCUGCCCACCGUCAUCAGCUCUAUUCCAGAGGAUGUCGUGGAGGAUAUCAAAGUGCGAGUGUGUUUCGUUAGUGACCUGCAGAGGGGCAUGAAGAUCCAGGAGGCCAAAUUUAACAUGGACGGCUCUGCUGAGAGACCGGCUCCUCCCCCAGAUGUGGAAUAUCCGUUGGAUGGCCGGAAGAUUCUGCAUAUCAAGGGAUCCAUCAGAGACUCUGUGGCCGAGAUGUUGUUCGAGCAGGAUAACGAGGAGAAAUCCAUCGCCACGCUGCUGCUGGACACUUUGGUGAAGUGUCCCAUCGACACUCGCAAGGUUCUGUCGGAGAACGUGGUGAUAAUCGGCGGUACGGCCAUGCUUCCCGGGUUCCUGCACCGACUGCUGUCUGAGAUCCGCUCGCUGGUGGAGAAAUCCAAGUACUGCGAUGCUCUGGCUACCAAGAGCUUCCGAAUCCACAGCCCACCCGCCAAACCCAACUGCACCGCCUGGUUAGGAGGUGCUAUAUUUGGAGCAUUGCAGGACAUUUUAGGGAGUCGCUCGGUGUCCAGAGAUUACUACAAUCAGAUGGGUCGCAUCCCAGACUGGUGUUGUCUCAGCACCCCACUACCGGAUUCAGUCUAUGAGGCGGGAAAGACGCCUCCGCCUCUCAUGAAGAGGGCCUUCUCCACCGAGAAAUGAACUGGACACUUCAAAUUUAACCUCCUAUAAAUUCCUCUGCUUAUUCAGAAACAUAUACGAGUCCUCGCCUGUAAUAGCCUAAAGUCUGUCAUAUUAGUCAGCUAUACCUAAUUUGAAUAGUAGGUGAAACCGAAACCACUAGGGGUCAGUCAUCAUCGGCUCAUCGUGAAAGAGGGGAAAAUCUUUUCAAAUGCACUAAAUGGUUUCCAACGCAUAACAUGUAUCCAGCCUAAACCAUGGCAGUACUUGUGUAGUUUAGGUCAACUGCUUACUUUUUAUUAUUAUUUAAAUGUAUGCUUGAUCUUGCACCAUCGAAGACAGAUCAUGGAAGGCAUCUUGACCAUAAUGCCAAGAAACUACAUAAUAAUUCAAUUCUAUUUAACAACAACAAGCUUGAAGCGCUGAAUAUGUUGAAAAGUUGUGUGUAUGUAUUAGGUUUGUGAAAAAAUA